CGUAAUUCACCCACCCACUGGUCUUCACCUUCCCACCGUAUCUCGCCUCUGAGGACACCGUCGCUCCUUUACAACUCUGGUAUUUGCGCCUGCACCGGAUCGCGAGCCCGUCGAACCCCCUUCUUCCACCACACAGACAACCCGCACAUUACAUUCACCAUGUGGCCAUUCGACAUGGUCGACUGGGUGAUGCUCACCGUGCCCUUCGCCUACAUUGGUAUCCUCGCUGGUUCCUUUGCCGUCUUCACAAACCUCUACCGCAAGCGUCAAGCCGCCAAUGCCGCAUCCCUCGAACCCUGGUUCCCCACACAUCUCCAGCGCAAUGUCUACCUCUCUCUUCUCCACAUGGACGACCCCAAGGUGCCGGACAGCGUACUGAAAGCUGCACUACUGCGCCGCGCGACCGAAGACAUUCACCGAAUCGUACAGGUCAGGAACGCGAAGCAGGCGCUACAAGUGUUGCUGCAGAGGGGUAGUGUGGGCGAUGAUCUGUGGCAGCGAUUCCAGAGGGCAGAGAAGGAAAUCGAGGAAGAACUUAGGGAUGUUGUUAGCGAGGCCAACGCUUUCGCACCAAAUUGGGGUCAGACCAUCUUCCAAUCCGCCUCUGAAAUGGCACAGAACAACCACAUCCGCGAGCGCCUAGCCGAGAUCACGGCGAAGGCGCCAGCGGAAAAGGAGUGGUGGGAGAAGCGUAGGACCGACAUCCAGACUGAAUUCAUGAAGGAGCUGGACGAGGAAAAGGCCAAGAGCGAAGACGGUGUAAUGGUAGAGAAGGCCAAGGCCUGAGUGUUGCCUCGUUGAGAUGAUGCAUACUUCUACUUCAGGGGUCGAACGGGGGGUGGUUGAAGUUGUCUAGGGUAUCGGCGUUUUGCAGCAUUUGACGGCGUCCUGGACAGCUGCACUUUAGUUGCUGCGUGAGCGCAUCAGAUAUGCUUUUAUACCAUGUUUAGUCGAGUUAGUGCAGAUUUGCAACGGGC